AUGCGACUGAUUGACAUCGAAAUGGAGUCCACUGGAGCGAUGAAGAUUACCAUGCCGAUUCUAGGUCCCCGUAGGUUGUGGGAAAAAGCAUCGCGAUGGGACAGUAUGGGUACAGAGCUCCUUCGCAUGAAAGAUCGUCAUGAAGUCGAAUGGUGCUUGCAGCCCACUGCCGAAGAAAUGUGCACGGAGUUGGUAGCUCAACUGAUGUCGCUGAAGAAGCGAAUGUUUCCUCUACUGCUAUAUCAAACGACCGAAAAGUUCAGGGAUGAAAUGAAUCCAGUUAUAGUUAAUAAAUUCGGGUUGCUGCGAGCACGUCAGUUUCUGAUGAAAGACCUCUACUCCUUCGACAUAGACAAGGAAGCCUCUGAUCAAACUUAUCAGAUGGUGCCAGCAGCGCCAGGAGUCCAUGGCGGGAGCCAAUCCCAUGAAUAUCAUUUGAAAAACCCACUGGAUGAGGAUGGGAUACACUUCUGCUCUAGCUGCGGAUCUGGGAGCAAAAGAGAAGACGGUCCACAUGAAUGCAAAUGUGGUGAUCCCACAGCUUGA